ACUUUAUUUUAGUGUGUAAACAUGACAAGUGACAUACUUACGUUUUAUUAAAAUAGAAGGAAGCUUUUGCUGAAGCUACAAUGGAUCCUGCUUUGCUUCGGGAACGUGAAGCUUUUAAGAAAAAGGCCCUUGCUACGCCGAGUAUCGAAAAGAAGAAGAGAGAUGACUCCCAAUUUAAAGAUGACAGCAAGAAGAAAUCUAAGUCAUCAAGCUCGGUCAGCACUGGCCCGAAGCUUGAUGCCUCUAAUUACAAAACGAUGUCCGGGAGCUCCUCCUAUCGGUUUGGAGUGCUCGCCCGCAUAGUCAGACACAUGAGAGCAAGACAUCAAGAGGGAGAUGAUCAUCCACUGACUCUCGAUGAAGUCCUUGAUGAAACUAACCAGCUGGAUGUUGGCAAUAAAGUCAAACAGUGGCUACAAACAGAAGCACUCCAAAACAACCCUAAAAUAGAAUGUACUCCUGACGGAAAAUAUAAUUUUAAGCCUGUUUAUAAAAUUAAGGAUAAAAAGUCUUUAUUAAGAUUAUUAAAACAACAUGAUCUCAAAGGUCUUGGAGGCAUAUUACUGGAAGAUGUUCAAGAGUCCUUGCCUCAUUGUGAGAGGGCCCUGAAAAGCUUAGCUCAAGAAAUUCUCUACAUAACUCGACCUACGGAUAAAAAGAAAAUAUUGUUUUACAAUGACAAAACUGCAACAUUAGAUGUUGAUGAGGAAUUUGUUAAAUUAUGGCGUGCAACUGCAGUUGACGCGAUGGAUGACGCGAAAAUUGAAGAAUAUUUGGAGAAACAAGGCAUCAAAUCGAUGCAGGAUCAUGGCCCUCGAAAACCAGUGGUACCCAAGCGUAAGAAAACUGCUCAAAAGAGGAGGCAGUUCAAGAAACCAAGAGAUAAUGAGCAUUUGGCUGAUGUGCUCGAAACCUAUGAAGACAAUACUUUGACUCAAAAAGGUGUUACUAUCAAAUAAAAAAUAUAAGACAUA